AUGCGUGACUACUUUGUUGAAGACUCAAAGUUUGACGAACCAUUUUUUCGUCAUCGUUUUCGCAUGAGCAAGAGGUUAUUUUUGAAGAUUGUUGGUGAUAUUGAAGCUAAUUUUAGUUACUUUCAAGAGGGGUACGACGCACGGGGUAAAAAAAGUUGCAGCGCUCUUCAAAAGUGCACAUCGGCGAUCAAGCAACUGUCUACGAGUGAACCUUCAGACGCGUAUGACGAGUAUUUAUGUAUGGCUGCUAGAACAGGACGCGAUACCAUGGAGUACUUUUGUGAUGCGGUCGUCAAUUUAUAUCAAAAGGAGUUCUUACGUAGGUCGACAUCUCAUGACGUUGCUCUCAUCACACAAGCCCAUGAAGAAAGACACCACAUUCCAGGAAUGCUUGGUAGUCCUGAUUGUACACACAUCGAAUGGAGGAUGUGCCCUAGACACUUAUAA